CACGAGUUCAUGACGUCAGAGCAAAUCGGGAUCAAGUCGGACGCAAAUCUACCCGACAUGCAUUGUGCGCACACCUGGCUUAUGUCGCACGAGCCUAAUACGAGAACUUGGGCUCGCUUGUAAGGUACUGUAGCGUGAACGGGUCCUGCCCGCCCCAUGUCUAAGCGGGGGAGCCUUACGCACCUAACAGGUUACUCCGUCCGGCUGUUCCACCUGCGAGGAUAUCCGUUCCUCUUGGAGGUGUCGCAACAAUACCUUCGGCCUUCUAUCUCACCCCGAAGCUGAAUCGUUAGGAUUUCGGAAUUAUUGUCUUUCUGGAAGUCUUUUACGGUUAAUGCCCGAGGCGCUGUCAAUAGGAUGUAACCCUAACACCCAAUAUGUGAUUGAUGAAGGGAAUAAUCAGGAGUCUGACUGCUAAUUUGAGGACUCCUCAAUAAGAAACAUUAAUAAAGCAAUCAUGUCACGACAACUUCAAGCACGCAGAACUGUCGGUGUCUGCAAGAACGUGUGGAUUGAAUUCACACAACUGGCAGCAGACUACAAAGCGGUGAAUCUUGGACAGGGAUUUCCUGACUUCUCUCCUCCCACAUUUGUCCAAGAAGCUUUUUGUAAAGCUGUGAGUGGAGGACACCAAAUGCACCAGUAUACCCGAGCUUUUGGCCAUCCUCCUCUUGUAAAUAUUCUGGCUAAGUUCUUCAGUAAGAUCGUGGGACAUGCGAUUGAUCCUUUUGAAGACAUGCUGGUCACAGUUGGAGCUUAUCAGGCUCUCUUCUGUACAUUUCAAGCUCUGAUUGAUGAAGGGGAUGAGGUCAUAAUUGUUGAACCGUUCUUCGACUGCUACCAGCCAAUGGUGAAGAUGACCGGAGGAAAGGCAGUUUAUGUACCUCUGAGGCCGAAAGUUGAGGGAAGCACCGUCCCGUCAAGUGGAGACUGGGUUCUUUCUGCUGAGGAGCUGGCCAGUAAAUUCACUCCACGCACAAAAGCCAUCGUCAUCAACACUCCCAACAACCCACUGGGCAAAGUUUACAAGACGGAAGAGCUCCAAAUGAUUGCUGAUCUGUGUAUCAAACACGAUGUGCUGUGCAUCAGUGAUGAGGUGUACGAGUGGCUGACUUAUGAUGGAAACAAGCACGUGAAGAUCGCCGGCCUUCCUGGCAUGUGGGAACGAACCAUCACCAUCGGCAGUGCAGGAAAGACCUUCAGUGCUACCGGCUGGAAGGUUGGCUGGGUCAUCAGCUCUGGGCAUAUCAUUCAACACAUGAAAACAAUCCAUCAGAACUGUGUGUACCACUGUCCUACAGCCGCUCAGGAGGCAGUAGCUCGUGGGUUUGAGAGAGAGUACGAGCUGUUUGGGACUCCAGAGAGCUACUUCCAGCAGCUGCCUGCCAUGUUGCACCAGAAGAGAGAGAAGCUGGCCUCGUGUCUGGAGAGUGUGGGUCUGCGGCCCAUCAUGCCGGAGGGAGGCUAUUUUAUGAUCGCUGACAUCUCGUCUGCCAAGGUGGACUUGAAUGACCAGAGCACUAAGGAUGAGCCCACUGACUUCAGAUUUGUUAAGUGGCUGACUAAGGAGAAGGGUUUAGCAACAAUCCCCGUCUCAGCAUUCUACAGUCCAGAGCACAGCAAGGAGUUCGAGAAAUACAUUCGGUUCUGUUUCAUCAAGGAGGACUCCACCCUGAAUGCAGCAAUGGACAUCUUAAGGAAGUGGAGUCAGACACAGUAAAAAAAAAUCACCCACCACAAGAAGCAUCACCCGUCCGUCCGGAGCUCACCUGGCUUUAUAAACCGGCUUAGGUUGCUUCCUCAGUUGAAAUGAGCCAUAUUCAGUGCUUGUGUGUCCUAAUGGCACAGUUGAGUACUUAAAGACAAUGGUGUCCAUUAGGGGUGUAACAAUACACAUGUUUGUAUUGAACCGUUCGGUAGGCAUUACAAACCAUUUGUUUGAAACGCACGACUCCUUCACGAGCCCAUUUCUCCAGACCACAAUUCCUGCUUUGUAAAAGAAAACACAAUCCCAAACAGAGAAUCAAAUGUCCGAAGCUCCUCUGACAACAGAAGUCCGGACGUCACAGACUACUCAAAGCUACCUGACUGUAACGACACAUUAUCUCACUACUGAAUGGGAGAUGAAGAGCCAUCUUCUUUAGACACGCCCCCUCGAGAGUCUCACCAGCAAGGUGCUGGCUUUUCUGCUUUUUUUGCUGUAUUGAAAACGUACCGAACCGUGGCACCACUGUAUCGUAUUGAACCGAACCGAGAAUUUUGUGAACCGUUACACUCCUAUAUGUUAAUACACAUUGCGUAAAAACUCAGGUUUCAACAAAAAAAUCCAUGUGAAUCUUCCUGUGCAAUAAUGUCAAGCACAACAUUUUUUGGAAAGCCUUUUAAUGAAUCCACUCUGUUUUAGUGUUUAUCUUCUGUUGUAGCUUCAGAGGCUCAUGUCGUGUUAAGUGUAUAUUACAAUAUUUGGCUGUCCAUGUGAACAGUGUGAAACAACAACCUAAUAGCGAUUUAGAUAUACAGUUAAUAAGAGUCGUAUAUGUUCAGCUAAAGUUGAGGCUUAAAAGCACUGUCUUAAUGUUUUAAUCACAAUAAAUUGAUUUUCAUCACACUA